AUGAGCAUGCGCGGCAGCACGGACAUGCGCUUUGACACGUCGACAUGGGAGGACGCACCGGACGCAGUGUCAGAUGGACCUGAGGACACACCGCACACUCUGACCAAGGAAGACCUCGAGACGUUCAAAAAGAAGCAAGAGAAACGUGGGAUUGUGUACGUAAGUCGCAUUCCCCCAGGCAUGACUCCCGCCAAGAUCCGGCACAUUUUCUCGCAGGUCGGCGAAAUUGGAAGAAUGUACUUAAAGCCUGCAGAUAAAAACAAGCCUGGGGAGAAGCGAAAGCGUGGAACAAUGCAUUUUGCCGAAGGCUGGAUUGAGUUUUUGUCGAAACGUGUAGCGAAGAGCGCUGCAGAGAUGCUGAAUGCACAGCCCAUCGGGGCAUUGGGUGGCUCAGCACACUCCUCUCGGCGGUCACAGUCUGGCUCGCGUGUGGCGAAUCGAUGGAAGGACGAUAUAUGGACCAUGAAGUACCUAAAGGGGUUCCGGUGGCCCAUGCUGAUGGAGCAAAUGACGCAUGAACGAGCGUCGCAUGCGGCGCGUCUUCGUAUGGAGCUAUCACAGUCUGCAUACGAGCAGCAUGAUUAUUUGCGUAAAGCUGAGCGCGCGCGGAUUCAGCGGAAUACAGAAGAGAAGCGCACCAAACGAGGACUGCCGCAGGAGGCGACGCAGGAUGCAUUUACCUUUCACCAGCGUGCGCCUGUAUACCGCGAUGUGCGCGACCAGCGCACAGCUGAAAAGAGCAGAGAAGUAAAACACACGCGUCCCCAAGUCAAGACGCAUACCAUGGAUAAUGUAUUGAACAAGAUAUUCUAA